AUGGCUACUUACGAUUUAUCUCCCACUGGCAGGGCAAUCGGGUUCGCACUGGCUUUCGUGGCUAUAAUGCAUCUUCUUAAUCUGCUGCCAGCGUCCGUCGGCCGUCGAAAAUUGUUAUUGCUUUGUUUUGUCCCCCUUUUCACUUACAUCGGGAUGCGAAGCGCAAGAAACGACCCAUCACAGACAGCUUUGAUAGGUCAAGCCACUCAUUACAGGCGUCAUCCAGUCGAAAUCCUCUCCGAAACAGCUCAAGCACGGUUUGCAGAGAUGAUACGCUCCCAGUCACAGACUCUAGAGGAAGCUGUGGUGACCUACAGAAAGCGCUACAGUCGAGAUCCACCUCCAAGUUUCGACAUGUGGUUUGAGAUGGCGCAGAAGAAUCAUUACCUCCUCGUUGACGAGUUCGACACGAUUAUGACAAGCCUUGAGCCGUUCUGGGGGAUUGAUCCUUCGCUCAUGCGCUGGGCAAUCGAAUCUGCCCAAACUACAGCACCAGGGAUGUUCCGCAUCAGUAUCAAGAAUCACCAGAUCGAGGAAAAGGCAACACACAGAGGAAUAUACCACGCCAACAUCAUUGAUCGGUGGCUCGAAAAGCCUGGAUGGCUCGAUAUCUUGCCUGAUAUGACAAUUCUGGUCAACCAAUAUGAUGAGCCUCGAGUGGUCGCCUCCUCUGAGACCUUGCUGGCCGCUAGAAAGGCGGCCACGUCAACUAGUUCUACUCGCGAGCCACCUCGUGAGACAACGGGGCUGUCCUGGGUCGAUUGUUCAAAAAGAGAUUUGCGGCAAGCCAUAUUCUCGGCCUGUCCUGCCAACUCACCAUCACGAGACGAGGCGACUGGGAAGAUGGCUUCUAUCAAAGGGGAGGACCAUCCAUUACCUUUCAUCCACAACCUGACGGAAGGUCAAGACGUAUGCAACAAUCCCACCAUUCCCCGAUCCCACGGCUUCUUCACGUCCCCGACGUCAUGCUCCGUAACCGAGUCUCUAGUUCCCGUCUUCUCUCCCUCCAAGCCAUCCAUCUUCAACGACAUCCUCUAUCCACCCAUCUGGUACUGGCUCAACCUCAUCCAAGAAGAAUACGACGAGGACGACGACAUGGAGUGGUCGGAGAAGAAGGACCUCGUUUACUGGACCGGUUCUGCAACCGGCGGCUGGGCGACGCUGGAGAACUGGCGCACUCUGCACCGUCAAAGCCUGGUCCUUCACACGACGUCCGAAAACACCUCGGCCACGAUCCUACAGCGUUCCGGCGACGUGUGGCACCCCCAACGUACUCCCAUGUCGAAUCUCUCCCGCCUCUUCGACCUCCGCUUGACCUCGAUCCCAUCUGCGCAGUGCGAGCCCGCGGCCUGCACCGCAAUGCGCCACGCCUUCCUCAAGCGAGAUCCCACAUACGAGGACGCACCCCGAGACGAAGAAGAAGAAGAAGAAGGGAGCAAGCGCGGCGGCCACAAGAGGAGGAACCCCAACGCUGACGCCCCCUCGGCCGCGUACGGCGCGAAAUACGUGCUGGACAUGGACGGCAACGCCUUCUCGGGCCGCUUCUACCGGCUCCUCCUCUCCCAGAGCGCCGUGCUGAAACAGACGGUGUUCCAAGAGUGGCAUGACGGCCGGCUCGUGCCGUGGGUGCAUUUCAUCCCCAUCAGCCCCGGCGCAGACGAGCUGGCCGAGGUGGUCAGGUACUUGAGCGAGGACGAAACAGGGAGAGGGAUCGGCGAGAGGGUCGCACGGCAGGGCAGGGAGUGGGCGCGGAAGACCUUGCGGAUGGUGGAUCUGGAACUCGCCAUGUUGAGGGUGCUCAUGGAGUAUGGCCGGUUGGUGAGCGACAGUAGACAGGAGAUGGGGUUUACGCUGUAG